AUGGCGACCACCUCUGUUCCAGCCCCUGGUGUCCAGGAUUACGACCUAAUGCAGCCUGGAAUGUCUCGAUUGAACUUAAAUAGUUUAAAUCCAAGUGGAAUCAAUUUGGCUCGAGAAUAUGAGCAGUUGAAGGUCGAAUAUGAUACAAUUAUGGAAAAACUAAACCAAACAAUGAAUAGUAUCAAGACGUUUUGGAGUCCCGAGCUUAAAAGAGAGCGUCAGAUGCGUCGUGACGAAGCUAAUCGGAUUGCUCAUUUGGAGAGAAUGGUACAGUCGGGAGGGAUCGGUGGUAAUGAAUAUGGAUUAGGAUCCACAAACGAAGCUCUCCAACUCCGUAUGGAGCUACGCGAACGCGACGAACGAAUCCGUCAACUCACCACCGCCCUAGAAUCUGGUAGCAGUCAUGGAGCAAUGGAUGGAAGAGUCAGAGAACUGGAAGACACUAUAAUGAGACUUCAAGACCUUCUAACAACAAAAGAGGCUCAAUCAAUGAUGGCAUCACAAGAUCCAUCAGGACGGCAAGCUAUAGAGAACGCAUUACGACGAAUUGAUGAAAAGCAGGCGAGAAUCGUGGAGUUGGAAGAUGAGCUAAUGAGACAGCGAAUGGGAAGAAGUAAUCAGCCGAGAGAUUUCACUGAUAAGAAUUUAAGUGGACAUGAGAUGAGCACAAUGAGGAUGAAAAUGGAUCGAAGUGAAGUUGAGCUGGCUGAGAAGAAGCAAGAGCUCAUGGGAUGCCAGAGUAGGAUGCAGACUGCUGAACAGACGGCUAACGAGAUGAAGAGUCACCUUCAAGUGCUCAAAGAUCAAUUGACGAAUCGAGAACAACAUAAUACUUUGUUACAAGGCGAUGUUGAUGCAUUACGACAGAAAUUGGACUCGAAGAAUAAGCAAUUAGAGCAGAAAGAUGAGAGAAUAGCGGUGCUGGAAAGAGAUCUGUCGAGUGCCAAGGCCGAUGUAUCGGAUAAAACGGAAUUGAUCAGGCAGACCGAGAUUAAGACCUCCCAACUAAUCGGACGAAUCGACAGUCUUGAAAACACGGUCCGCGAGAAGGAACAAGACCUGGACCGCGCGAAAAUCCGCCUUCUAUCUCAUCCAGACGUUCAAAAGGAGAAAGAAAUGACCGAGAGAAUUGAGCAAGGGGAGAGAGAACGUAUAAGGCUACAAGAGCAUAUCGAUCAGCUAAGAAGGAAUUCUGAGAAAGAGCAUUUGGAGCAACAGAAGACGUAUCAAAACGAGAUGACACAGUUGAGAGGGACCAUUGAGAAUCUACAAAAGGAGUUGGCGGACAGAGAUAUCCUUUUGGAAUCCCAAAAUGAGAAGAUUGGUGAUAUGAAUCGAGAUUUGAACCAGGCAAAGAAGCGACUGGAUGAUGCGAUGGUUGAUAAGGGGACUGAUGAGCUUAGGAUGGAUGUGGAGGAUGCCAGAAAAGAGGUUGAGAAACUUCUGAAAAUGGUUCAUUCGCUGGAAAAGGAAAACUUAAAUUUGACAGCCCAAAUUAAGCAGAAUGCCGAGAAGACUACAGUACCCCCUUCUUCUGGAAGUGUAGCUGGAACCUUGACAAAGAGCUCUAAUCAACAAUCAAAUCUUCAUAAACGUAUCGAGGAACUUGAGGAAGCCCUUCGAGAAUCUGUUUCGAUUACUGCGGAGAGAGAAGUUCACUUGUCGCAGCAGAAACAUCACUUACAACAAGUCUCAUCGCAAUUGAAUGAAGCCCGGAAGGAAGUAGGUUUUCAUAGCUUCAAAAUGAACCUAAACAUGAUUUCCGAUCUCCGAAGAAACAAACAAAGCGUAUCUGAGGGUGGUGAUCGAGAUCAAAUGAUUCGAGCCAUCGAAACCGAAAGAAGGCAGCAUCUGGAGCAACUCUUCCAGCUAAAGUACCCAUUUUUCUGGAAUUUUCCCCAAAAAAUCGAUAAAUUUUCCAGACAAGAAGCCUUGUUAGCAGCGAUAUCAGAGAAGGAUACUCAUUUGGCACUUCUGGAAAAAUCUCGAGGUCCUCGAGAUGAAAUUGAGACAAUUCGAAGGCACAAAGACGCGUUGAUAAGGAAGUUGAAGCAGGAAAAUGAGAGAAGAGCCAUGGUUGCCCAUCCGGAUCCGACCAUUUCAAUGAACGCGAUGGCUAGCGUUAUCCCUGGAGCGCCGUUGCCAGCACCAAUUAUUCCAGGCACCAUUGGACAUCCACCACAAAGUCAUCAGAAUCCCCACGACGAUGAUGCCGAUGGAAUUUGGGCUUGA